UCAAAAAAAAAAAAGGUUUCAAAAGAAAGAUAUCUCGGCAAAGGAGGGAUUUUUGCCUUAACCACCUGAAAGGUGGGAAAUUUAGCCGGUUAACUCCUUGGCGUUCACAAAAUGGCGCUAAUGGCGAAACCAUUGGCACAACCUCCAACACACGCCUCGCUUUCACUCCCUCAUUCCCUUCCUCCACCACAAUGGCUUAAACCCUCCGCAAUUCCAGCCAAUCACUCGAAGAAACUUCACGACCGAGCCCUAAUCGUCCGGCGCUCCGACUUCAGCUUCGCCGCGACGCCUCCGUCUUGGUCGCCAGCUCCGGCGACAUCUCCGGCGCCUCCGGUGGUGAAGAAGAGGACGAGGUAUCGGAGGGAGUACCCGGGAGAGAGCAAAGGCAUCACGGAGGAGUUGAGGUUCGUGGCCAUGAGACUCCGCAACAUUGACGGCAAGAAGUACUCGAAGAAUGAAGAAGACGAUAGCAGCGAUGAUAAUGAUUCGAUGCUCGACCAAGGCGAGGAACGAGGACGCAGUGGAUCAGAAGAAUCGGACGGUGAUGUGGGGGACACAUGGCAUCCCACCAUGGAAGGCUUCCUCAACUACUUGGUCGAUAGUCAGCUCGUGUUCAGCACCGUUGAGCGCAUUGUUGAUGAUUCCAAUGACGUUGCUUAUGCUUACUUCAGAAAGACUGGACUUGAAAGAUCAGAGGGGCUUUCGAGAGAUAUAGAAUGUUUUAGGCAAAAGGGCAUGGUGAUUCCGGAGCCGAGCAACCCCGGAGUUUCUUAUUCAAAGUAUCUGGAACAACUAGCCGAGAGGAGUGCCCCAUUGUUCCUCUGCCAUUUCUAUAACAUAUAUUUCUCUCACAUAGCAGGCGGUCAGGUCAUAGUGCAGCAGUUGUCCGAGAAGCUUCUAGAUGGAAGGGAGCUGGAAUUUUCCAAAUGGGAAGGGAAUGUACAAGAGUUGUUGAGAGGUGUUCGUGAAAAGCUCAACAUGCUUGGAGAGCACUGGUCUCGAGAUCAAAAAAACAAAUGCUUAAGAGAAGCUUCCAAGUCAUUCCGGUUUCAGGGUCAGAUAGUUCGCUUGAUCAUUUCGUGAAACCAUGCCAUCUCAGAUUUUCUCUAUUUGCGUAGAACCAUUCUGUUGGGGACUAAAUUUUGACCACUAAAGUCGUCCAUUUACCAAAUACUUAAAGAUCAGUAUAUCACUAUGCUAUUCUACUAUAUGACUUGAAGUACAAGUAACAUCAUUGCCGCUACUGUGGGAUAUUAAACAGGGUUAUUUAUUUGUGAAGUUAAUUUUGACAGAAAAGCUGCACUGAAUGCGGGAAGUGGCACUUUUUUUUUUUUUUUUUGAGCCAUAUAAGUGGCACAUGUCUCUGCCUUUGACUCUCUUUGUAUAGACUCGAUGCCUUGUGCACUUUCAUUAAAUUAGUA